ACAAAAUGGCGACAAGGAAGCGAAGUAUUGUGUGGUCUUUUUUUAAAGAGGAGGAUGAUAAGCAAGUAGUAUGUUUGAUUUGCAUGAGGACUAUCCAUCAUUUUGGAAAAACCACAAACAUGCUUCGACAUUUACGAUCAGAGCACCCUGGCGAGUUCUCAGAUUUCAACUUUGAGAGCAUCGUAACAGGACUGACGGCGAAAACCGCAAGGAAUACAAAAAACAACAUUUCCAACGGGUUGGUUGAGGUAGCUGUGAUGCUGGGAGAACCAGAGAGGGCUCCACAAGAGAAUGGUAUAGAAGACAUGGAAGUGCAUGGUGUGAUAGAGGGCAUUUUAUGUGCUUCAGCUGGACAGGGGCCUAGCAGUGAUCAGAACAGUGAGUUGGGCAAUGCUGACGAAGUUACAGUGACCACACAUUCCAGAAAGCGGAGUGCAGUGUGGAUGCACUACCAGAAGGUAGAUGAUGAGAAGAAGGCCUUGUGCAUGCUGUGUAAAGAGAAAAUUCAACAUCAGAGCAGCACCAGUAACUUACUACGUCAUCUACGGAAGAAACAUCCAUCUAAUUUUUCCCAGCUAGAAAUGAACACUCUCCAACAUGCUGGUGGACAAAAGAUCUACCACAUGAAUACACCUCAGGCAUCCACAGAUUUGAUUGUGAACUGUCACACAGAAGCACAUCAAAGCAACCAAACAGGAACAUCUGUCAACUCAGCUGUCCGCAGACCUAAUCACCAACUAAAUGCAGAAGCUGUGAUGCUGGGAAGUCCAGAGAAGGCUCCACCAGAGAAUGGUAUAGAAGACAUGGAAGUGCAUGGGGCAAUCCAGGGUAUUUUACGUGCUGCAGCUGGACAGGGGCCUAGCAGUGAUCAGAACAGUAGCAAAGCUGAUGCUGAAGGAGUUACAGCGGCUGCACCUUCCAGAAAAUGUAGUGCAGUGUGGGUGCACUACCGGAAGGUAGAUGACGAGAAGAGAGCCUUAUGCUUGUUAUGUAAGAAGAAGAUUCAACAUCAUAGCAGCACUAGCAACCUUCUGCGUCAUCUUCAGAAGAAACAUCCCUCUCAUUUUUCCCAGCUGGAGGUGCACUCUCUCAAACACACUGGUGGACGCAAGACGCACACAGAUAUACAGCGAAGCAACCACACAAAUGCACCAAGCUCAGCUGUCAACAGUCCUAAUUGCCAACUUGUUGUAGAACAGCACCUGCAAUCAACCUGCUACAGCAGCAACUCUUGCCCAGGAUUGAGUGAGAGCCAUGUACUGCAGCGUGAACGAGAGCUAACAGAGGCUUUAAGACGAGUCCAGCGUGAAGAGGGAAAAUGCCUGGAACAACAAAGAGAGUUACUGGAAAAGAGCCGUGAGCUCCAGGCAGAAACGCAUGCCCUUCACACAGAAAGAUGUGCACUCCAGGAAGAGGCCAAAAUGCUACAAAAAGAAAAGGAGGAGAUCCAAGCAGACCGUGAAAAGCUACAGAAUGAGAAAAAUGAGGUGGAAAGGCUUAAACAAGAAUUGAAGGAUGAACAGGCCAUGUUGUUGGGCCAGAGACCUGAGGCCAAUUUGAUGUGUGAUUUAUGACUACUCUAUUCUAUGGGUUGUUGCCUUUGGAUCUGUUUUUUAAAUAAAUUAACAAUUGUGAAAAAAAAUAUUAGUGCUGUAUAAUUGCCAUGUCAAAAGUUCCAACACCUGCAGAUUUAUUAUAUUAUUAGUUUUGGUUAUGCUUUUAAAAGCUGUUAUUACUGUACCCUCCCAUUAUUGGCACCUCUGCUUAAGUUGACUAAAACUGGUAUAAACAAUGAUCUGUUGGUGAUUUUAUUGUAAUCUCACAAUGAAAAGCAAAUAGGAAAAAUCCAACCUUGAA